AUGGGGAAGAAGAAAGGUGAAGGAAACCCUAAUCCGAGCGAGCUGAAGGAAGGACAUAAUUUGCUCGGCGCGCCGACUUUCGAGCAGCUGGAGAAUGGCCGGUUCAAGUGCGUGGAGACCGGUCACGAGCUGCCGGCUCACGCCAGAGACUCAUACGCCGACUCCAAGCACUGUCGCCUGGGCCUCAUCGACGCCGCCCUAGCUCGGAAUAAGCCGCCUCUCAACAUGUUCAAGCAAGACCCUGCCUCCCGUUCGAAGCUAAUAUGCCGAUUAACGGGAGAUACGAUCAAUAAAACUGAGGAGCAUAUAUGGAAGCAUAUAAACGGGAAACGUUUUCUCAACAUGUUAGAUAAGAAGGAGGCAGAAAAAGAAGCACCAAAUGGAAAAACGGAGAACCGGGACGAGAAGAAGAAGAAAAAGAAGAAAAUCGAAAAUGGUGGUUUGAAGAAGAAUAAGAAGAAGAUUGAGGAAGAGGGGGAAAAUAUUGAUGAUAUAAUGGAUGAAGUAAGGGACCCGGCUAGCAAAAGUAGUGAUUCUGAAAAUGAAGCUUGCUUUUGGAUGCCUCCUAUCGGUGAACGGUGGGACCAUGACGAUGGAGGAGACCGUUGGGGCUCUGAUUCAGAGUCGGGACCUGAGGUUGAAGAUGAUGAUGAAGAAGACUUGGGAAUUGAAGAGAAUAUGCUUGAAAGUGCAGAGACAUCAAAGGGGACAAAGCGAAUGUCUCAAGAAAUUGGGACUAGUAGCUUUGUCUCGAGGAGGAAGAAGAAGAAGAAGAAGACGGCAUAA